AAACCUCUUCUUCUAUCUUCCUUUUACCAAAUCCGCCAUUAUCACCACCACAGGAGAGAGAGAGAGAACUUACUCAAAGAGAAGAGAUCCUUCUGUCUUCUGAUAUAAAAAACCCUAGAUUCCUUCUCUAAAACCCACAUCGAAUCUUCUUCACCCAGAAUACAACAAUGCUCCAACCUCUCUCCUCCUCCUCCUCUGUUUUCUCCACUUUCUUGGCUUAAAGGAAUCGUCUUUUUUGGGGAAAGAAUCAGAAGAAAGCUUCCAUUUUUAAAAAAUUCAAUCGCAUUUGCUUGAUAUGGAACUGGGUAAAUCUCGAUUGUACUUGCGCAAUUGCUUUACUCCUUGUAGAUUCUCAGAUUAUUCUUUAGCUGGAAGUGAUUAUCCAGACGCCAUAUCCAUGACUUUGAAUUGUAGUAUUCACAAACCUUCUUCUUCUUCUUCUUUCGUUUCUUCUCUCAUCAUCAUCGUCUCUGAAGAUUCUUCUUCUUGUUUAUAAAACUUCAAUCUUUUUCCAAAUCUCGAUACGAAAUUUUUCAUCUUUGAAAAAAAAAACCUUUCUCUGUUUCGUCUCUCUCUCCCCAUCAAAGAAACAAAAAUGUUGUGUGGAUCAUCUUCGUUUGCUCUUUUGGGCUCUGCUUCAGCUAUGAUGACUAUGACGGCGUCUUCUUCACCAGCUUCCAGAUUUGUUGGAUUUGGUCAUCAUACUACUACUCUCAGGUAUGAUCAUGAUCAACGUCGUCGUCCUUGUUCUUGGACUGGAAUUGAAAAGAAGAUCCCUUUUCCUCGGAAUAGGACUGCCUCAGCUUCUUCUGCUUACCCUCUCUUUCUCUGUCAGCUUAAUAAAGACUCACCAAGACCCAAAACUUACCAAGAGGUCACUAAGUCAGCCAGAGAAAUGUUUGCUCGAGAGAUCUCUAUCCAAUCGAAAGACAGUGAAAUUUCGAUUGCAAAGGUUCUGUUCUACAUUGCUGCUGAAGAUGAAGCCUACAUGGCUUUUAACCGAAAGAGGGACGCUCAGUCACUCAUGAACGAGAGGGAAAGUGUCCAAGAUCAAUCUGAUUCAAGUGAGUCAGAUUCUGAGGAGCUAUUGCAGUUAGAUGAAAAGAGUGUAUCUGACUGGUUGAGUAAAAUAGAUGCAAUUGCCAAAGACGUAGAGGCAGAAUUAGUCUCACGAGACAUCGGCUGCCACAUGGUACAAGUUCUUGAAGCUGUAAAUGCAGUUCUUUUCGGUUUGAGAGGCUUCAAGAGGACAUCUAUUACUUUAGACCCAGAACACUACUACCUUCACUCUGUACUUAACUGUAGAAGCAGCACUGCAUUUCUGAUUAGUGUAAUAUACAUUGAAGUUUGUAAGCGCCUCGAUGUGCCAAUUGUUGGAUCUCCUGUUGGGGAAGAUUUUCUGAUUUGGCCUAAAACGGAGUAUCCUGAGGAACUCUUUAAAGUAACUUCAGGACAGAGCUUGUUCUCUAUUGUCAAUGGAAGCUGCGUUGAUGAUCCUGGAUCAAUGGCAUCAGACUUAACCGCAAAGUCACUUAAAGACCUCGACAUCGCAACAAACAGAGACAUUAUUGGGAUUGCUCUUGCCAAUUUGAUUAGACUUCACUGGAGACGUGCGACGAAGUCAUCCCCUGGACUAAUGCUGACUUCUCCUCUUAGUCAACUUAACAACAUCAGUAGUUCUAAUUGCCCAUUACUGCGGCCUCAAGAGCUUAGGUUGGCUAUAGCGGCUGCAGAAAGGUUGUUGAUUUUGCAACCUCAUAACUGGGUACUUCGCAGAGACCUUGGUAUGAUGCUGUACUACGAAAGGCAAUAUGGAGAGGCGGUACAAGAGCUGAGCAUAUGUUUGGCCUUUGUUCCUCCUGAAGAAGAAGCUGUGUUGAAACCAUUUGUAGAGAGACUACAUCUCCUUCGUCUAAUAUCUUCAUUGAAGCCUCUUGGCUCUGAUCGCUUGACCGUUCCUUGACUUCUCUCUCUCUCUCACUGUCUCUACUCCACUUUGUAAAUACGCUCUCUUUCUUUCUCUGUUUCUUUGUUGUGUUGGAAGAACCUUUGUAAGGACUAAGGAGAGAAGACAUGGAAGUGGAACCCUUGUUGUUGUAACUCUUUACCUUUUCUAUGAUCAUAUCUAAUGGAUUUGGGGCUCCGACUAAAAA